ACAGUUAUCCAGGUUAACAAACGUUAGCGCUUGUACCUAUUUGCUAGCCAGCGUAUAGCUAGCUAACGUUAGCAUGCUAGCUAUGACACUCCUGACGUACAAACCGAUAUUUAACGUUAUUUUCAGAAUUGUUCAAAUUAUCUAGGUUAGGGUCAGGGUUAAUGGUUUGGUUGAAGUUAAGGUAAUGAUCAGAUUGAUAUUUUGGCUAGUUGGUUUGCACGUAAGAGUAUCCGUAUAGCCCUUCCCUUUCAACGUACAUGUUUGCUAGCUACCUAAUUCAACGUCAAGAAACCUGACUGGCAUCCCAAACUUCAGGAUACAAGUCUCAAGUGAUGGCUUCGUUCGGCUGGAAGAGGAAAGUGGGCGAGCGGGUGUGCAAGGCAGCGGUGCAGCAGUUUGAAGCCGCGGCGGAGAAGCCAGAGGAGGAUGGAGUGGACGAGGUGGACUGGCUACAUGCAAUCAAGCGGCGCCGUGAAGUCCUCCUGGAGGACUGCGCUGCGAAGGGCAACAGGCUGAAGGAGGAGGGGACGGUGUUGGCACAAGAGGGCAGACACUGGGAGGCCAUUAAGAGGUGGGAUGAAGCCAUCCAGCUGACUCCAGACAACCCUCUACUGUAUGAGAUGAAGUCCCAGGUGCUGACCAUUCUGCAGGAGGUGUUCCCAGCGGUGCAGGCAGCAGAGAUGGCUGUGAAGCUCCGCCCCCUGUGGUGGGAGGGCUGGCAGACCCUAGGCCGUGCCCAGCUCAGUCUGGGUGAGGUGGACCUGGCGGUGAGGUCCUUCCAGGUAGCGGUCCACCUGUGUCCGUCAGAGCGCCCCCUCUGGUCGGAUGACCUGGCGUGGGCGCGGCGGCUGCAGCAGCAGAGACGGACGGCCCAGGACCAGACCCAGCGGGAGGAGGAGGCCCAGCGGGAUGUCCUGAACCCUCCAGAGCUUCAGCAGGACUACGACUUUGAGUCAGACGAGGUGGUGGUGGCCUGCGCUGCCGUAGCCGAGAGACAGAGACACUAUGAGGAACUGAAGAGGACAGUCGUGGUUGUCGACGCUGAGGGGAAUUCUAGGGAGGUACCUGUGGAGGAGGAGGGGUCAGGGGACACACCCUCUUCAUCACAGGAUCAGUUGGUCAAAGCACGGGGACUAUGAUCUGUCUCUAAGGAGUUAUGGGCUAGAAUGAAUCAUAUGGACUAGAAUGGAUCUUAUGGACUGAAAUGGGUCUUUUUGUUUGUUUUUGUUGUUUUGAGUCUUUAGUCUUAUGCAUGUCGUUAUGGUUUUCUGCUUUAGUCUACAACAGACUGUGGGUGAUAGAGGUAGAUUUAAUCAAAUAGAUUUUUGUUUUAGUGUGUUAUGUUUUCACUAUUUAUCAAUGCUCUCAUAUUACUGCCAUUUUAAAAGACUGAAUUUGAGCGUAGCCAAAAAUAAUUAUCAUCAUAAUUUGGCACUCAGAGGUCAAUAGUCACUCAUGUUGAUUAAUCCUCCUCCUGAAAAGAGGAUCCUGUUGUGUUUUGGAAUAUGUCUGUCAGUCCCAUUUAUCUCCGACACAUUCAGGGCCGGUUUCCCCAGACACAGAUUUAACCUAGUCCUGGACUAAAAAGCUUUUCACUGGAGACUCUCUAUUGAGCUUGCUUUUCCAUCCAGGACAAGGCUUACUCUGUGUCCGGGAAGCUGCCCCUUAGUCUUUUGAAAUGUCUAUGAGAACAUUCAGAACGUCUUUGUUAGAUGACUGGAAAAGAUCUCCCUGGAAAACUCCUCUCGCUUGAGUCCAUCAGUCAAGCUGUUAUAAAAAAAGUAAACUUUUUGAAUUGCAGUUUCAUGCAACAUAGUCGCAGUUGGAAGUGCUAUUUCAUAAUGACUAACGGACUGGUCUUUUCUGUUGGGAAACUCUGUCUCCACGGUAACUCAGAGAAAUAAUAUUGCAUGAGUAUUCCCAGAAUUCCAGCUGAGUUGUUAGGAUGUGUGUGUCAUAUGACCCUCCAUAGGGGGCAGGUGAGCUGCUAAAACAAUAGGUCCACCUUGGCCCUGAAAUCUAGCAGCUGGAUUGCGCUGUGCAGUCAGCCUGGACUGGCCAUGCUGAAAAGCCUAGAAGCUUGAACAGUCAUUGAAUUUGAAUGGCAUCUUCUAAUAGCAAGAUUGUUUUCAUGGGACACUCAAUGGGUUUUGUAUGACAAAAACAGGCUAUCAGAUUUAGGGGUUUAUUAUUGGCGAUAUUAAAGAGAGGCGCUGUGAAAGAGGAGACAGGUUUUUGAGAAGAUUCAUGUAUCCUCCUUGUCUUUAUUAAAAUCAUAUUAAGACCAUUUCGUCAUCGGUAUCUCUCUUAAAUAUAUUUCCUAGUAGUACAGCGUUAAAGGAGUAUUCUGACAGAGGGAACUGGCCUCGUACUAGAACAUGAACCUCAGGGGAUGCUUUAGGAUUUAAAUAGGGCAUUACACGUCAGGAACAUUUUGUCAAUAGAAAUCAUUAGACAAUAAAUUGUUCUCGGUAAAGAACUACAAACAGUGCCUAUAUCAUUGUAAUUGGUAGGAUAUGUGUUUUGGUCAUCAUCACUACGAUGGAAGUAGGCAAAGAAGCAGCAACUAUGGGUAAACGCAGACCUUGUUCUCUCAACAAGUCAACCUCACUGAGGGUACGUGUUUACAGUGCAAACAUCUGGUGAUGUUGCCAAAGCCAUUCAAAUCAUUUAAACACCUGGCACAAAAAUUCUCAAAACAAGUCUGGAGCAUAAGAUUGUGGUAGUGUCUCAAAAUGGGCCCUGAAUGUGUUUGUGACAGUAAUUCAUUUUAUAGGACUGAGUUCAUUCACUGGUCAUGUGGGGGACGAUAGGAGCUGUAAACAAAUAGUGGGUGAGGGAACAACUGUUUAGACCAUGAGAAUGCUCAUGUAUAAUGUGAGUUAUAUUGAUGUUUCUAUAACUGACCCAGUUGAUGUAGGAAUACUUUGUUCUGUAAAUAAUGAGAAAAUGGAUCCGUUUUACCUGUAAUGUGUCAAUUGAAAAUAAAUCAAUUGGUUACAAGUAA